AUGGACCUUUCCAGGAUAAUGGACAUUCUUCCUUCCUUUGAGGUUGAGGAGGAGCUGAAGAAAAAACUGAAGGACAAUGACUGCGGAAUGUCAACAAUGCUCCAGGCAGCGGCAAUGACGAAGGGAGAAAUCAACUUCCACAAUGCUGCAAAAGAGAAUGAUUUACCAGCCAUAGAAAAACUACUUACAGACAGGGUCGAUAUCAACUGUAAAAACAAUCUCGAUAGAACAGCUCUUCAUUGGGCUGCUGCCAAUGGUAAUACAAGUAUAAUAGAGAAAUUGAUUGAAGGAGGAGCGGAUUUAGAGGCCAAGGACAAGUAUGGCAUGCGACCAGUUUUAUGGUCAGCCUGGUUUGGUCAUCUUGAUGCUCUUAAACUACUCAUUAACUCUGGUGCUACUGCUAAGUGUUCAAACAAGCAAGGGAUGUGUUUACUCCAUUGUGCUUCACAGAACAAUAAUGUCAAUGUUAUAAACUUUGUGCUGGAAUCUCUCGAGAAUGUAAACGUCAAUGAGAUGGAAAAGGUAGGAGAACGAACAGCACUACAUCUCGCCGCGGAGGCAGGCCAUUUAGAGACAGUGAUGCGGUUAAUAGACAUGCAAGCCGAUGUCAACAAACGUGAUAAGGCUGGUGAGACAGCUCUACACUUGGCAGCCCGUCACGGUCACGUCGAGGUUAUUAAACGUUUGCUCAUGGUGGGGGUUGAAAUCAACGACAGAGAUGUGGAUGGACGAACAGCAUUACACAUAUCGGCAGAGAGGGGUCAUUCAGAUGUGGUUGAGGUGCUAGUGGAAUAUAACGUGGGCUGUAACGCUGAGACGAUCAAAGAGUUUACUCCCCUUCAUUUGGCUGCAACACAUGGUCAUUAUGAUGUAGCCAAAACGCUUAUAGAGCAUGGUGCUAACGUCAACGCUCAGAAUUUUCAAGGGAAUACAGCUUUACAUCUAGCUGCCACGGGGAAUUACAAAGAAGUCGCACAGCUCAUCGUCGAGUCAAACGCACAAAUUGACCUAGCAAAUCUUCGGUUCCAAACAUCUUUGCACGUGGCAGUUGAGAAUGGGUUCCAGGAUACUGUGGAAGUGCUACUCGCGGGAGGGGCCAGUCUCCAUGCUAAAGAAAAGUUAGGAAAAACCCCACUACAACUAGCGUCAAGAGGCAGUUUUGUGGCGAUUGUUGACAUGGUUAUCAAGGCAGAACGGUACUACGCUGUGGCAAGGGACUACCACGAAAAAGAGCUAGACUAUGUCGAUCCGCACAGAUACCUCAGACAACCCAUCCAUCCCUCAUCCAUCCAAAUGAAAGAUAUCCUCUGGCGACUAGCCACAAAGCAACUGAAGCCAGGAGACUGGAAAAAACUUGCCAUUCAAUGGAAGUUUACAGCCGAACAUGUUCGGGCCAUAGAACAUCAAUACACAGGUACAAGUAGUUAUAAAGAACACGGGUUCCGGUUGAUGAUGAUAUGGUUACACGGAGUGCGGAAAGACGAAAAUAUCAUGAAACUUCUGUUUGAAUCAUUGGUGGCUAUAGACAGACGGUUGCUGGCAGAACAAAUAAGACGGCGUGCUGAUUACGGUCACGAUAAAUUCUGUAUGGGGAAUGUGUGUAAUAUUGCGUAA